CACGAACUCUGUAUAUUCAUGUGUAAUCGAACGUCUCGCCUAGGAAACCUGUUUCAAGAGAAUAUGUUGCGGAAUCCCGAUAACAGUACAACAUUUUCGAGCACACGUGCAAUCAAGAUGACAAUAGGUCCCACGCAUACUUCUCCACUCAGUCGUCAGCUGAUCUCCGCGAUAAAUAGAAGUACAGUGCAUGCAUACAAGGUGUACUUGACAUUUGAAAAUGGAGACGAAUGGGCAUUCCUUUAAGAACGUUACUGUAAUCCAAUCACGCUCUGUGCAGUAUUUGCUAAUGAAAGUGCGCAACAAAAACACAAAAGGACGAGAUUAUGUGAUAUAUGCCGAUCGACUGAUGAGAAUCCUCGCUGAAGAGGCCAUUUGUAGGUUGCCCCAUGUGCUCGAUGCUGAGAUUGAGACACCUUGUGGCACAGUCACUGGCCCAAUUGACGUCGAGAAAGAUAAACUUUGCGUGGUGUCCAUUGUAAGAUCUGGUGAUAUACUUCAGGAGGCCGUCCGUCAACUGGAGCCUGGGGUGGCCAUAGGCAAGAUUCUAAUCCAACGUGAUGAGAAACAUAAGGACAAAAUCCCCAUCCUAUACUACAAGAAACUACCCAAGAACAUAUCUGAAUGCACCGUGAUGCUAGUGGACCCCAUGUUAGCCACAGCAGGAUCAGCGACGAUGGCUAUUAGAGUAUUAGUGGAAAAUGGAGUGGAACCAAAGAACAUAAUGUUCCUCAAUUUAAUUUGCGCACCAGAAGGCUUGAACACUUUGAACGAGCACUUCCCAGAAAUCAAGAUCAUUACCGGAGCGAUCGACACCAAGUUAGACCAGAACUGCUUUAUUGUUCCCGGUUUAGGAGAUUAUGGAGAUCGCUAUUAUCAGACAGAGUGAUGUCCAGAGAAAUAAACUUUGCUCACCUUCUUCA